UUCAACCAUAAAAAUUCUCUAAAUUUCUUAUUUACUCUCUUGUUUCCAAUCUUCCAAAAAAAAUGACAAUGAUCAGUACCAAGAAACUCAUCAAAAUGGCCAGGAGAUGGCAGAAGUUUGCAGCCGGGCAGAGGAAGAGGAUUUCAUUUUCAAGAAAUGGUAAUGAUGUAGAUGAUUGUAGUACGUCUUCAUCGUCUAUAGCUGAAAAAGGACAUUUUGUAGUAUAUACAAUUGAUCAAAAGCGCUUCGUGAUUCCCUUGGUUUAUCUUGAAAAUGAGGUCAUUAGGCAGGUUUUAAUCAUAUCUGAAGAAGAGUUUGGUCUGUCAAGUGGUGGCCCUAUUACAUUACCUUGUGAUUCAGCUUUUAUGGACUACAUCAUUUCGCUAAUAAGGAAAGGCGUAACUGCAGGAGAUCUUCAGAAAGCAUUGCUCCUAUCAUUUCCUUCAUGUUACUGUUCGACUUCUUCUUUGCUCCAAGAAAGUGGAAACCAACAGCUUCUUGUUUGUUGAGUCAUAAUCCACAUUAUUUAUACUACAUCCUAGAUCAAAAUAGUUUAUAGAUAGGCCAU